AUGUCGCAGCUGGACGAGCUAGAGAACCGAGACCUCGCCGAGGAAAUCGAAGCCAUCAAUGCCAUAUACGAACCCGAGACCAUCACGGUGACCCAAGCGGCCGCCAGUCACUCCAACAACACAAUUGACUUGGGCUCCUCCGGUACCUCAAACGAUAAUGUGCAAACAAUAGUAACACUCCAGAUCCCUGGUCAGCCGCAUUUAUCUUUCCGGCUUGGCUUUGACGUCAAUUACCCAGAGACACGACCUACGGUACUCGGGACUGCAUCGACUGCCGCGCGCGGGGAAGGAAAGAUUGCCGUCGAUGUGUUGGAAGACAUUGUGCAACGGACGUGGCAGACUGGUGCCGUCUGUCUUUUCGAUGUGAUCAGUGAAGCUGUGGAGGUAUUCCCCGAGCUGAAAAUCGGGGGAAACAAAGAAAGCAAUGAAGCUGGACCUGCCGAGUCAAAUUCGACCGGGCAAUCUUCAAGCAAAGCCGACGAGCCCACGAUAUCAGGGGAACAAUUUGCUGCUUUAUCGCUUCAGGAUGAGUUCGGACUCGACGAUCCCCCCGACUGGAUCCUUUCCGACGUCAUCACCGAAAAAAAAAUCUACGUUCCUAGCCCGAGCGGUGCAGAUCAUUUAACGACCACGGAUAGGAAAGUGGCCGUGGCUACACAUAACAUCAGUGCCUGGCGCAUCAAACAAAAGAAAGACGGCGGGCACAUCUCUGAUCCAGAUGCUGCGGAGACAGUGGCUCAGGAUUACGAUGACGAUGGCGAGACCGCUGCUGGGGGUCGUCUACUACACGUGAUGCAAUUGAUGGAUGUAUGGAAUGUGUUGGUCGUCGUCUCACGAUGGUUCGGGGGCAUCCACCUAGGUCCUGCACGGUUUCGGCUCAUCAAUGAUGCCGGGCGUGACGCUUUAGUCAAGGGUGGUUUUGACAAAAAGCAGAUCACGACCGCUCCUGAGAAAGGAAAAAAGAAAGGGAAGAAAUGA